GUGGGUCGUCCACUAUACGACGUCCACUAUACUAGUACGUGCUCUAUAUGGUUGUGGGUCGUCCACUACACGACACAGUAUCGGUCGUCUUCUCUGUCACCCGACCUACUCAUGUAAGACCUACUGCUGACUUACCCGAUCUACCUUAUGAUUGCAUCACUGGGUCGGUCGUCUACCCUGUUACCCAACCUACUCUUUUGCCCGAGCGUUCAGUGGACGCGCGUCGCAGUACAUAUAAUGGCUUUGUGGUUGUGGAUGAACUCCACCGCUGCAAGGGGCAAUAAGUAAUAAGAGAGCUGUGAUUUCGUGUCGUGAUUGGCAUGCUCUGAUGGCCUAUACAAAGCUGCGGGAGAGCACAUGUGCCUUCAAAAUAUUAUACCCAUGUGUUUUCAAAGUGCCGCAACUCCUUUGACAAUUGUGGUUUAUGUCACCGAUGGCACCGGCAAGAACGUGCGAUUUUACAGGAAUGACACAGCUUAAAGCUUUUGCAGUAGCACAUCUGAAAGUUCGCAACUCCAUGUAAACGUGUAUUUUUUAAAAUUUACCCAGAAACCAUGUUUUUUGAUACACGCUAGAUAGCAGUAUUAUCAUGAUAUGACUCCAAAUGCUAUGGGUUAGACGUAGAUAUGCGACGUGAUGUUAACACUUCCUGGGAAAUGUUCGUAGACCGGUGAAUAAUUAUGGCCUCGGACGUUUUCCGGUGGCUUUUUGACACUGGCUAUAUUUGUGAAAUUUUCUUUCAGGUCAGAAAGCCCAAACCAAAGGGGAAAAAGAAACGCACCAUUCCACUGGCACCAGAGACGCCAGAGUGGAUAGACUUUUCCUUGAAACCCGUCAAGCACGUGCCCAAACGUGUCGACACGGACGAAAUGGAGACUGUCGAGCUAAAACCCGUGAGCGAAAGCGAUGAUGAUGAAUUGGUCCGUGGAAAGAAGCCCGACCAAACACUCACACCGAAAUUCCCUGAGGAGCAUGGGCCUGUCGAGGGCGGUCCAGUUCCACUUGAAACAGCUGUACCCAUCGGAAAUAGAAAGAAGAAGAGGCCAACGAAAAAGGGAGAGCCCGGCAGGCCACCAACAGCAGAGGGAGUAGACGUCGCAUCACCAGAUGAGCAGAGUGAGGCUGAGCCCGAAGAAGUGAAACUCCCCAUACCAGAAGAGAAACCAAAGAAACCUAAGCACGGUGGCCCCGAAUGGCAAAAUGUGCAGCUCAGAACUGUGGAACAGCAGGACGAGGAAGACGCCCUAAAGUCUCUUAUUUUCAGCCGGCCUGAUCGCAUCGAGCCCACUGAACUUCCAGAUUUCCAAUUAAAGAAGAAGCCGGAAGACACGAGGGAAGAGCCCGAGGAAGAUACCCCCGAAGUCCCUACCGGAAAGAAAACGAAACCCAAAAAACAUAAAAAGCCGAAGAAACAUCCUGGCGGAAGCGACGAUUUGGAGGUCGUGCCAGCUGUUGAGCAUGCGGAUGAAGGUGUUGACCAGGACGAGCCCAGCAGCCCACACGGCCCAGAGAGUCCCACCGGGGCUGUUCUUCAAGAUGAAACAGUGGAAGUGCUCUCGGAGGAACACGUCGCAGACGAGAGGACAGUGGGGCAGCAGAUACAGAAGCGUCCAGACAAGCAGAGGCGUGUGUUUCCGACAGAAGGGCAGCCAGAAUGGAUAGACUUCCGCUUGAAGCCAGUCAAAAAAGUAGCAAAAAUAAUUGAAAGCGACGCAAUGGAAACGGUAGAUCUGAAACCUUUGCCAGAGUUGCAUCAAGACAUUCCGGAAAAGCUGGAAGAAGAUAGCCUGCUGCAACCUAAACCCUUUGAAACUGAAGAGCUUGCAAGUGAUAUAGAACCCAUCGUUGAAAAGCCUGAGGAAUUUGAUGAUGACAAAGUCGUUGCAUGGAGAAAGAAACGAGGAAAAAAACCGAAGAGACCAAAACGUAGUCCGGAUAUCCCAGAAGAUGGGCAGCCCUUUACGCCAGAAUCCACAAAAUUGGAAUCAGUUCCCUCCAAGGAGGAAUCGGAUAGCCUUAAAAGAAAGCCGAAGCGUCUGGUUCCCGUCGAUCACGGGGCUCCAGAAUGGCAGACGAUCCAGCUCAGACCAGCCCAGCGCGUCAAAAAGGCCACGGAAGAUGACCUGGAGACUGUCAUCCUGAAACCUAUUCCGAAACAUGAAGAAACUUCUGAGAUUACUGUCACAACAACUACAAAAGACCUUCAGUUUACUGCCGACGACAUCACAGAGGAGAUUUCUGAAGUUGAUCACGACGUCACGACCAUAACCACAAAGAAAAAGAAAAGGACACCCAAAAAGAAACCAUAUGAGGAAGAAGUACAAGAAGUUGACGUGGAUAUGCCUGACGAAGAAGAUGUCUUCCCUGAUGAACAGCAACCAGAGGAAUGGAGGCGUAAGAAAGACAAAAGGAAACCUAAGCGACCAAGGCCAGAGGAGACGCCAAUGGAGCCCACGGAAGAAACGACGGACAUCACAGAGACCGUGCAGGUCACGUCUGACCAAGAGGAAAUAACGGAAGAAACAACAAUAACAACUAAGUCAAGGAAGAAAAAGCUCAAAGAUAAACCACUUGAGGAGGAGAUCCACGAGGUCGGUGUGGAGAUACCUGAGCAGAAAGAGCUUAUUCCGCAUGAGGAUAUGCCCGAAGAAUGGAGGCGCAAAAGCGAUAAGAAAAAGAAACCUGAGCGUCCAUUGGAUGACGACACUAAAGAACGACCAACAGAAGAAUUCCAAGAUGUCACAUCUACCCAUGAAGAGGUAACAGAAGAAACAGUAAUUUCCACGAAAACAGUGAAAAGAAAGCCCGAGGAUCAACCGUUUGAGGAAGAGGUGCAGGAAGUUGAUGUGGAGAUGCCUAAAGAGCAGGACCUCGUUCUUGAGGAAGAGACACCCGAAGAAUGGAGACGUACAAAAGACAAGAAAAAGAAACCUAAGCGUCCAAAGGAUGCGGAAAUCUCAAAGGGACCAGCAAAACAAAUUACCGAUGCCACCGAUACAGGAAAGGUCGUCACAUCUGAUCAAGAGGAAAUAACAGAGGAGGAAACAACUGUCAUCACGAAAUCAAUGAAAAAGAAACCAAAGGACAAACCAUUUGAGGAAGAGGUGCAAGAGGUUGACGUGGAGAUGCCUCAAGAUCAAGGGGUCGUUCCGCAAGAAGAGACGCCCGAAGAAUGGAGGCGAAAGAAGGACAAGAAAAAGAAACCUAAACGUCCGAAGGAUGGCGAGACUUCAAAACAACCAAGUGAAGGAAUCACAGAUAGCUCAGAAACAGUGAAAGAGGUCACGUCUGACCAAGAGAAAACUACGGAUGAGGGCAAAGUUAUUACGGAGAUAACUAAAAAGAAGCCCAGAGACCGACCGCUGGAGGAGGAGGUGCGGGAGGUUGACGUGGAGAUGCCUGAAGAUCAAGAGCUUGUUCCGGAGGAUGGGACGCCCAAAGAAUGGAGGCGCACAAAAGACAAGAAAAAACCAAAACGGCCAAAGGAUAAGGAAACUCCAAAAUGGCCAACAGUAGAAACAACUGAGGUCACGGAGAUUGUCGCAGAGGUUACAUCUGACCAAGAGGAAAAAGUAGAGGAAACAACUACAACCAAGUCGAUAACAAAGACACCAAAAGAUAAGCCAUUUGAGGAAGAAGUGCAAGAGGUCGAUGUGGAGAUGCCCGAGGAACAAGGGCUUAUUCCUCAAGAAGAGACGCGUGAAGAAUGGAGGCGGAAGAGUGACAAAAAGAGGAAACCAAAGCGUUCGAAGGAUGAACAGGCACCGGAGCAACCUACAAAGGAAAUAAUAAGUACAGCGGAAACUGUGAAAGAGGUCACAUCUGACCAGGAGGAGAUAACCGAUGAAACAACCAUUGUCACAAAAACAAUGAAAAUGAUGCCAAAAGACAGACCAUUCGAUGAAGAGGUGCAGGAAGCUGAUGUGCAAAUGCCCGCUGAGCAAGAGAUUAUCCCAGAGGAACUAACGCCCGAAGAAUGGAGGCGCAACAAGAAAGACAAAAGGAAGAAACCUAAGCGUCCAGGGGAUGAGGAGACUCCAAAGCAACCAACAGAAGAAACUAUUCGUGAUACAGAAAUAAUGAAAGAGAUCGUUUCAGACGAAGAGAAAAUAACAGAAGAAACGAUUAUCAAAACAAAAACAAUUGAAACUAAACCAAAAGAAAAGCCAUUUGAGGAGGAGGUACAAGAGGUUGAUAUGGAGAUGCCUGAGGACGAGGAGAUCAUUACUCAAGAAGAGACGCCCAAAGAUUGGAGGCGAAAGAAAGACAAGAAGAAAUCCAAACGUCCAAAAGAUGACGGGACCUCCAAACAACCACUUCAGAAAACCACAGAUGUCACCGAAACGACGAAAAAGGUUACGUCUGACGAAGAGCAAGUUACGGAAGAAGUCACAACAACCACAAAAAUAACAGAAAAGACACAGGAAGAAAAACCGUUUGAGGAGGAAGUGCAAGAGGUUGACGUCGAAGUGCUCAAAGAGCAAGAGCUUCUUCCUGAUGAAGAGACUCCCGAAGAGUGGAAGCGCACAAGAGGCAAGAAAAAGAAACCUAAGCGCUCUAAGGAUGAUAAAACGCCGGACGAGGGCGUCGAGCCAUUGGUCCUAACUCAGCCGGAUCAGGCGACGGCGGUGCAGGUCGAGCGGACGGAGCCGGAGGUGGUUCUAGAGCAGCCUGAGGUGCUGCUCAAGCCAGCCGCACCUGAGGAAGUCGACCUUCCCGACACUGCCGAAGACGUGGUGCCUCUGGAUAAGCCCACGACAGAAGACACAGCUGAAGAGCUGGCGGAGGACGUCAGGAGCCCAGAGGACACGGCUGUGGUCCAGGAGGUUCUCGCAAAAGAGGCGGAGACUGAAGAGAGCGAGGUCAUUGUCGAAACAAAAGUUGUCAAAAAGAAAAAGAGACCGAAAAAGCCCGAAGACACAGAAUCACAAAAAUUGGAUGAGGCUCCUCAGGUGCCUGAGGAAAGGCAGAAAGCACCCGAGGAAGCGCCUGCCAAAGUGCUAGAGGCUCCCGAGGAAGCCCCUGAACCUACAGAAGAAAAGCCGUUCGAGGAAGAGGUUCAGAAAACUGACAUUGGUGUUCCUGAGGAGCAGCCUGUCGCUGACAAAGAGCAGCCGGAGGUAUGGAAGAGAGGAAAACCGAAAAAGAAGAAACCAAAAACCCCUGUUCAGCCAGAAGAGGCUGCUCCGGCGGAUACGGAACCCCUUCCUGAGAAACAGCCAGAAACAGAGGAGCUGGAGGUUGGUUUGGAAGAAAAAUCUGAAGAGGAAAUCACUCUAGUAGAGGAAACAGAAAUAUGGCGCAGGAAAAAAGACGAAAAGAAAAAGAAGCCCAAAAAGGAGGAGGCUAUUCCAGAAGGCGCUCCCACGGAACAGGUCAAACCCGAUGAACCUGUCGUCACGCCAAAGAAGAAGAAGCCUCGGGAGGUCGAAAUUCCGGAGGAUAAGCCGGAGUGGCAGAACGCGAAGCUGAAACCGACAAAGAAGCCUGAAAAACCCAAACAGCCAGAAGAGGACAUCGAGGAGGUGCAGCUGAAGCCUGUGGAGAAGCCAGAAGAAUUGGAAAAGGUCGAGAUAGAAGAAGUGGAAGUGAAGACCAUUACGACAAAAUAUAAGGAGAAGAAACCGAAGCAGCCGGACGAGGAGGUGGAGGACCUAACGAUAGAGCAGUUGGAUGAGGCAACGGCCCGGCGCAAGAUCAGCACCCUGGAGGCCUUCACACAGGAGGAGAUCAGGGUGGACAUGACGACUGAGGAGGUCCGCCAGUUCAUUGUGGAGCGUGAAACGGCCGAGCGCAAGCUGUCCACGGUGGAGGCGCCGCUCGUGCAGGAGGUCACGCCCGAACUGCUCGAGGAAGAGCUGAAGAAGGUCACCGCUGACAAGGUCGUUGCCGAGACGAAGCUGGCCGUCCUGCAGUCGUACACCGUGCACGAGAUCAACCCGCAGACCACCGCCGACGAGCUCAAGACGUUCGUCGACGAGAGGCACGAGGCGGAGCAAGUGUGGAGCACAGUAGAGACGCUGGAGAUCGUGCAACCGGCGCAGGAGCACAUCACCGACGAGAUCAAGCACCUGCGCCAGGAGUGCGCGCUGGCCGAGGUCAAGCUGGACCUGACCGAGGGCUUCCAGGUGCAGGAGCUGCGACCCGAGCUCACCACCGACCAGCUUGAGACCUUCAUCACCGAGCGGCGGGACGCGCAGCGCAGGAUCUCCACGGUGGAGUCUCUCAACAUCCAGGAGGCGUCUCCGGAGGAGGUGGUCAAGGACCUGACGCAACUCCUCUCCGUCGAGGAAACCUCGGCCAAGAUCAAGCUGGACAUGCUGCAAACCUACUCUGUGCAGGAGGUCACUACAGAGAGCACGGCGGAAGACACAAAAACCUUCAUCUCGGAGAGGCACGAGGCCGAGCAGGUGCUGUCGACGGCGCUACAGUCGGCGCAGACUACCGAGGUCAGUCCGGCCUUCGUGACAUCAGAGAUCGACCACAUCCGUACGGAGAAGGCGCACGCACUGAAGCACCUGCGGGAGGUGCAGCCGCAGGCCGUGCAGGAGAUGGAGACGCUCCUGCAGACUACUAUCGAGCUCAAGAAGUUCAAGUAUAUAACUGAUUCCGCAACCGAGACUGCCGAGCAAACUACGCUGGCGAAGGCGAUCGCGAGCAAGACUGAAACAUCUGUCAAAGACAAGAGAAAGAAACCGAAGGAAAGAACUGCGUCUGUUGAGCGUCUUCCAGAAAUUCCCACUGAAGACCUCGAAGAAGCUGUCACUGACGACGACAGGUCUGUCGUCCCGACAGAAAAGAUUGACAAGUCGGAUGCCGUGCAAGUCAGCGAGGUUGUUCUGCAAGAGCAGACAGAGGACAAGACCGAUACCUUGAAGCUGAUCACUGGCGAGGGCAAACCGUCGACGGAAAUACGUCGGGAUAACAUGAUCACUGUGGAGACCGUACAAACUGACGAAUCCGUGGACCAAGUUCCAGUUAUGAAGUCCGUCUCUGACAGAGCGCGAGUGUCACUGAAAGGCCAGGAGCCAAUUCAAGUGGAAGAGACUCUUCCCGAUGAGACUUCAGUGCUUAAAACAGAUGUUCUGGCAAUAACCAAACAAACAACGGAGAUAACACUAGUCACGAGCGACAGACGGCUCCCAGAAGUAAUAUCGGUAAGUGCAGACGAAACUACGGACGAGAUCAAGGACACCAAACGCCCAGAAGAUAUGGCAGAGGCGUCAAUAUUGCCUCAGAUGUCCGUCCAAGUCACAAAGCCUUGCCCAGAAGAGACUGUGGGGGAUUCGGGCGAACAAAUGCUGGUGGACAAGAAAAUAUCAAAGAUUUCCACGGUUAUCACAGACAUGCGAGCACCUGAAGUGCAGGCAACCACAUUGGAGGAAACUACUCAUGCAGUUGAGUUUGAUAAACCAAAGCGGGACGUCGGAAAGAUUGGCCUGAGCCCACAGGAGGCCGUGCAGGUGACAGCAACACAUCCUGAUGAGUUAACUGAGGACGAAACGCCGAUGCAAGUGACAGAAAGCCAGACUACGAGCGCUAGCCAGAUUCUGGCAGCAAGACACGUGCCUGAGGUGCACGAGACGCAGCUGAAGGAGACUGCAGAAGAGGUGAAACCGCUGGAUGUUACUGAGAAGGUCGCAGGCGAGGUAUUCAGGCCCUUGUACCCUCUUGAAGUAACGGAAACGACAUCUGAAGAAAUGUCCCAGCAGUCUAAAGAUACGUUAGUUUUAGACGUAAGAGAGUCAAAAAUAUCGCAGGUCAUACGGGAAAUGAGAGCGCCUGAAAUCAUUGAUGUCGAAAUGGAGGAAGCCGCAGAACCGACCGAUCAACCAGUGACAAAAGAGGAGCGGGUAGAUGUAACGGUGAGCCCUCAAGAGCCAGUAGAAAUACAGGAAGCGCACCCUGAUGAGCAAACGGAGGACAAGCCUGACGACAUCAUCGACAGGUCGCAGACCGAGAUAACACAGAUAAUCACUGAGCGGCAUGCUCCAGAAGUAGGGGAUGUUACAGCAAAAGACGACGUUGGCGCCAUUCAAGAAUUCGUCACAGCACCGGCAGAGGCGACCCCCACCUUGAAGCCAGAACAGCCGAUUGAAAUUUUCGAAACGACCCCCGAGGAGGCCACCACAGAUAGCACGGAUAGAUUGGUCACAGACGCCAAGACCACGCAGGUCACUACUACCAUCUCAGACAUGAGAGCACCAGAAGUGCAAGAAACGCUCCCGAAAUCAACAGCUGAGGACAUUGUAGACUUUGUGAUGCCUGAGGACACCGCUCAGAUGGACGUCAUCAGGCAAGAGCCGGUAAAUGUCACCGACAUUGCCACCGAACAACGUUCCGAAGAUUUUGAGAAGACACUGGUGAUGGACGAAAAGAGAACCUCUAUUUCAACCGUUUUACAGGAUAUGCGUGCCCCUGAAGUUCAGGAGGUGCAGCAAAAAGAAGACGUUGGUGACGUUGCUGAAUAUACUCCCAAAAAGGAUUCUGCGGACACAAAUGUUGUUGUCCAGGAGACCAUCAUCACCACUGAGACGUCCACAGUGGAAAUGUCUCAGGACACCAGCAUGUCGCUGGAAACCACCCGGUACAAAGGUGAAGAGAGCACUGUUCUGGGUGAGCGGAAGGCUCCCGAAACUUCACAACUCAUUCUGAAGGACACUGUAUCUGAUAUUGAAAAAUUGGAUUACGUCGAUGACAAGGCCGUGCCUUUAGUCAGUACACAAAAGUCAGUUCAGGUGCAAGAAAUUGUUGCUUCAGAGAGCGAAACGGUUUCAAAGGCUCUGAAGCCUGAAGCGUUCAGCGCGGACCUGGAAAUCACCACGCAAAAGUCGGUGACGGUUUCGGAAACAAAGACCACUGAUACAGAAGAGCCGCUUGUGUUGGACGAAGUAGCACCCUGGCGGAGGGCCAAAAAGAAAGCUCCCGAAAGCCGCUCGAUACAAGUGAUGGAAAUUGAGUCAAACGAGGCUCCGGUGGAAACUACGGACUUCGUGGCGUCUGGGGAAACGGCUACCACAGACGUGACCAUAUCGAAGUCAGUUGUGACCUCUGAUGUCACUGCUGUCGAAGAUGUUACGGAAAUUACUGACACGGUCAUUAAGAAAAUAACUGCCCACCCGACUUUGGAUGAGCACGUACCGGUUGACGUUGAAACUUCGGAGGUUUUGGAUACACAAGGUGAUCUAAAGGAACCAGUAAAGCCGGAUACCAAGAAAGCCAUUAAAGUUGUGUCCGAGACCAGUGCAGUGACCAUCGAAGAGAACGUCACAGGUGAAAAUACAGGAGCAGUCAGUGAGGAAGAGACGCCAAAGAAGAGAGCGCAGCCCCGAGUGAUGCCCGUCGAGGGGCUCGAGAUCACUGAACCCGAGACCGGUGGCGUGACUCGGGAAAUGGCCGAGCCUGACUAUGGCGACCAGACGGUCUCGGUCGAGUUAAUCCCUAUGCAGCCCGUGAGCGUGACGGAGACGCAGCCAGGCGGCUCGGAGGUCCCGCUGGAACGGACCGCCGCGCCGGACAAGCGCCGUGGUGUCACCGUGCUGCCAGAGUCCGUGCCCGUGCAGGUACAGGAAACGGAAGCAAGCGAAUCUGAAGCGCACCUUGGCGAGGCGGCGAAGCCGCACCAGGAGCGGGCCGACACGGCCGUGAUGCCGCAACGCAGCCUCACCACCACGGAGGCGGAUGUUGCCGAGGCGCCCGAGGAGCUUCGCACGACGCCGCAGAAGCCGGCCGUCGGUCGGCUGGAGCUGGACGAGAUGGCUGGCCUGCAGGUGGCUGAGUCCGGCACUCUGGACGUAGAGAGUGAGCUGGAGGAGCGGAAACCAGGCUCGGAUGUUGCGCGUGUGGAGGUCGCAGCCUCCAAGUCAAUCACCGUAUCCGAGCAGACAACACAGGAGAGCGAGACAAUCUUGCAAGGAGAGGAGCUGCCUCAGCAGCAGUGUUCUUAUGCUUCCUUGCAACCUCUGGAAGAGAUACAAGUCAGUGAGAACCAGCAACUGGUUUCCGAAAACGUUUUUGUCUCGCCAGAUACACCCCGCUUCGAAGAAGCAAUGAUUGAAAUUGACCAGCAGUUGAAGGUAAUAUCAACGACUGAAACGGAGGCCUAUCAGGCAGAAAGGACACUCACGGAGGUUGUUGAUUCCGGGCAGGCCAACGUUGAAUUUGUUAAAAGCCAAGGCCUAAUCGUGUUAGGAAAUGAAGACUUGGUAUCCGAAGACACGUUUAAGCCUGACCAGAUACCAAAAACCCAGCUAGCUGCUGUAGAUGUCGACACUGUUCAAGGCGUGGAAAUUCGACGUACGGACGUCAUUGAAGAGUCCGAAAAACUCCUCGACGAAGAAGUUACCAGACCCAAAACGGCUACCGUGCAACUGGACGGUCACACUGUCCCCACGCUUCUCGAGAAUGUUGACAUGCAAACUGAGGACACUAUGCCUGAGGACUUUAAGCCAAAGUCUCACGCUGCCGAUGAAACGUUAGACCACCUGGAGUCCUUUGUCACAACUUCCGAGUUUAUCAUGCAAAAGGAAGGAACCUUCGUACAAGACACCAUGGAUAUGAAGCAAGCGGAACUUACACUGCUGUCCCAUGAACAAACGCAGACGACAGAGGCACCUGUGCUGCAAUCCGAAGAGACAAUGGAAGACGUUGAGGCACCAACAUCGAAAGAUGCAAGGGCGGAUAUUGUGCCAUUGAUGAGGAUCGCUGUUGAAGCAGAUAACGUGGUCCUGUCGGCAGAAGAACAGAUAUCACGUGUCACUCCCUCAGCGGAUCAAGCUACUGUUUCAGUACCGGAAUCCAGAAGUGUUAUCGUUCAAGAAACUGGAGCUGAGGAGAAAGAGGAUGACUUCGCUGACAUUAAGAAGCCAGGGGCAUUGACAGCAUCUUUCAAUGUCGGCGAAAGUGAGUCAGUAACAAUUGAGGAGUCGAAAGUUCUCCACAGAGAAUCUCAGUUGGAUGACUUCAAACGACCACGAGGAUCGGAAGCUUCAGAAACCGUUCUUACAUCAGAAGGAUUGGGCGUACAGGAAUCUGAGACUAUGGAGACUGAGGAAGAACUCGCUAAAAUGAAGAAACCACACACAGAAAGAGCCCACCUUGAAAUGAGCGCGUCCGAGUCUGUCACGAUGUCCGUGGACACUGCGGUGGAGUCAGAAGAAUUCGCAGAUACAAAGCUCGUAACCAACAAGGUCCGAGCCGAUUUCAAAGUCACAGAACAGGAAGGAAUAUCCGUGUCACUCGACGAAGCACUGUUACAAGAUGAGCCAAGUAGGGAUUUCGAGAAGCCUACGACAGAAUUAGCUCACGUCAAGUUUAGGACAUCAAAAGGUGUGGAUGUUUCCGAUAUUGGGCCCAUGGACAGCGAGGCGCCUAUGGAGGACUUCAAGUCUGCCCCAUCAACGGAGGCCACUGUGGGAGUUUCGUCCCGUGAGGGUGUUAUCAUCCAAUCGUCUGCGUCAUAUGUAAAAGAAGGCGAAAUGCCUGAAAAACAUGCUCUCCAGGAAGAGGAGGCAUCAUUAUCUGUGAUGCCACAGAUAUCUACGACGGUCAUGGAGCAAGGACAGUAUGUGAAAGAGGGCAUUCUAGCUGAUGAGAAGACGAAGUCGGAGCCAGUGCGUGUCGGAUUCUCAACAGCUGAGGGAAUAGAAACACUGCAAGAAGGUACCCUCGAUGUGGAGGGAGAGCUGGCCAAGAUGAAGAUGCCAAGGGAUGAACAGGCCACCAUGCAGAUUACGGAAAGAGAGGGUCUCAUGAUCGAAGAAAGCACCGACCUCCUUAGCGAAACAGCUUUCGACGACAGACUAACACCCGCCACCAACUCUGCUAAUAUAGAGAUGUGUACCCUCACUAACAUUCUUGUAUCAGAGAUGUCUGAAACAUUUAAAGAAGCUCCGUUAGACGAGUUCCAUACUCCCUCGCAUGAGCACCCCUCCGAGUCCAUGACGUCAACGCAGACCAUCACUGUUACCGAGACUGAGACAGGUGAAACACUUGGUGACCAAGUGGCCGAAUUCCACUCCGUUCCCUAUUCCGCCACCCAGGAAAUUUCGCCCCUCCAAGGUGUUUCAGUGACGAUGACCAGCAGCGACGAACGGCCGGCUGACCUGGACGACUUCAGCAGCACGAAAGCAGUGGCAGAAACCGACAUCACCACCCACCAUGGCUUCAUGGGCAGUCAACAACAGCGCCUAGAUACUGAGGAGACUUUCGAGAGUGAGGCCCUGCCAGGCCAGCACCGGGCCGAGGUAGGUGUCGGGGUCUCUGAGACCGGGGUCACCACCGUUGUGGACCAGAACGAAAUGGAGGAUGAGUAUGUGCCGGGCAAGAUUCCAGGCACCAUUCAGCUCGAAUCCCAUGUGAUCCCAAGUGAGAGCAUGCAAAUAGAAGAGGUGCAUCCAGACGAUGGUACAGGGAAAUUCUUCCCAGAAGAGUUUGUUGCUACGGAGAAGGCCGCUGAACGGCUACUUCCACACAAAAGCGUUUUGGUGAAAGCAGCUGAGACCAAUGAACUGGAGGAAGACUUGCCUGAUUUAAAGAUGCCUACCUUACUAACACCUCAUGGUGAUAUCGUACCAGAGCACCAUUUAGAAGUGGAGGAAACACUUCCAGAAGACAUGACUGGUAAAAUCUUGCCCGAAAGCUUUGUUGCCACUGAGGUAGCAAAGAAAAAGAUCAUUGGGUUCCGGGGCGUGGAGAUUUCUGAGACCACUACAGAGGAGAUUGAACAGGACAUGCCGCGAGCAAGCGAACCCACAAAACUGCAGGGUAUCGGCACUAUUGAGGAAACCGAAGCUAUGAAGGUUGAGCAAGUGAUGCUUACCGAAGAAUCAUCUGAAAAGACGCCAGAUCUAGUGGAAAUGGAACAUGGUGUCGUUAGAUUAGCCGAGCCGUAUAAGGCAGCCACAGUGGAUGUUGUGUCGAGUGGUGACGUGGAAAGUGACAUGACUGAUGUUGUGAAACCUGACGUGCAUGAGGCUGAUAGUUCUGUCAUUACCGUACAACCCAUUGAUGUGUUUGAGGUCAAACCAGCCGAUACCGAGGAAUCCUUUGACACUGACGCCCUUCCGUCCAUCCGCGCCCACACUAGGCUCAGCCCACAAAACACUCUUCAAAUUUCAGAAUUCCCCACUGAGUCCUCCCCCGAGGAGUUCACUCCCGAUUCCCGUCGAGAGGCGAGCGCAAAGACGGGGGUCGUCGAGCUACAGGCGGUCAUCACCGACGAGGCGCGUCCCGAGGACGUGCACGGUACGAUGGCCGAGGACACGACCGCUCCCGCGACAGCUCGCACCGAGGUUCUCGAGCAGCAUUCUAUCAUCAGCUCGGAGGUCCGAAGCGACGAGAAAGAGGACCAGGUAGCGCCGUUCAAGGCAGCCGAAGAAGUGCCCGACGCGAGCACGCAACUAGUGACCCGACACACCGCGCUGAUGACUGACAUCGCUACCGGAGAACGUACUGGGGAGUAUGUGCCGGAGCAGCCCACCACUGCCGCCCCUCGCGAGGAGCUGGUUGAGCUCGAGGCGCCCGUCAGGGAACACUUCGAGCUGGGCGAAGUAGAGGGUGAUUUUGAACAGCAUGAGCUUCCGCACAAGUGGCACGCCAUUCCGAGGUCUCAAUUAACCCAAAGCAAGGUAGUCGAAUCGGAAGACAUCACUAGCUUUGAAGUGGAAGAGCAGUAUAGUCCCACCGAGAAGCUUUUGCCAGAAAGGAAGCCCACAGUGACUUUGGUGGAACAAAUCGGAAUUCAGGGAACCGACGAUGUGGCUCAAGACAGGGAGGGCCUCAUAGAUGACCAAGAGGCUCCCGAACAACAACUUGCUGACCUGGAGCUGGUUCCUCAGCAAAAUAUCAUCACGGCAGAAGUGAAAGUCACAGAAGAGGGCACUGACUACGAAGUCGCUGACGUCAAGACUGCAUCCGCAGAACCUACUCUUUUGGAGCUUCAUUCAAUGCAAGGCACAGUUACCCAGCCUGCAGAAAUGGAAACCGACUUUGCGCCCGAGGACAGAAAUAUAAAGAAACCAACAGUAAGGAUGAGCAUCACUGAAAAACGGUCAGCUCAAAUUGAGGAUGUUCUCAUAAGCGAAGCUGAAGACGUUUUUACACCAGGAAAGUUGAACCAGGUGCGGCCAGUGAGUUCUUAUUCCGAACAGCGAUCUGUUACUGUGACUGAAGUGGCACCUGAUUCCCAGACCAGUGAUUACGUCACUGGUGAUAAACCGGAAGGGAGAAACGCUGAUGUCUGCUUUUCACCCGUGGAGCCUGUCAUUACCGAAGACACAAAGUCUGAAGAGGCCGAGAAGGACUUCGAAAAAUUCGUGUAUCCCACGGAAUCCGCAAAACAGACGUUAACGGCGAGCAAAGGCACCACUGUAUCUGAGAUUACUACAGGCGAACUGGAAUCGGAAUACGUUCCCGAAACAACGCCCGAUGUGCAAAAACUGAAAAGCGCGGUGGAACUCACGGAACGUAGAACGGCUAUCGCUCACGACGUGGUACCGGAGGAGAGGGAAGGCCACAAAGAGCAGUUCGUUACAGACUCCGUACAACUGGAGGGUCGAAUCUCCCCUCAAGAAGGCAUCACGGUUUCUGAGGCUCAGGCCGACACGAGGGAAGAGACUCUUGAAGGAAAACCAUUCCCGUCCAUGGCCGACGCUAACAUCGGAUUCACGACGAAGCAGGCUUAUGAUACGACCGAAGUGACUACCGAGGAACUGGAGGAGAGAUUCGAGAUGAGACCGGAUAAAACAUGUACCGUCGAAGAGUCGUUCACUACACAGGAAUCUGCGGUUUACAGCGAAAUCGUUACUAACGAGUUCGAAGAGGAAUACAGCCCGAAGCAGCUUCCAAAAACCGCCGAGGUUGUUCCAUCUACCAAUGUGGUGUCGCAGAAAGCCGCAGCUACAUAUGAAGUUGAGGUAGACGACAAAGAGGAAUGGUAUGACAUCCAGGAAGAAAAGCCCCGAAAGCCAACGGAGAGUAUCUUGGAUCAGGCAAGUCUCAUUGUUUCUGAAGUCGUCACUGAUCAGAAAGAGGGCCGUUUCAGGCCAGACGAAAUCCCGGAUUCUACGACCGCAAAGCUUGAUGUAUCGCUAUUGAGCCCUCUUGAAACCAUAACAACAGAAACAAGCGACAACACAGAGGAGUGGACGGCAAGUGCAACUAAAACGCGAAGUGCCACCACUACUAUGAUAGAGCAGACCUCCGUUGACGUAUCGCAGGUGGUGCAGAACGAGCGCGAGGAAGAUUUCCGUCCGGACAUUGGGCCCGUCACGUCUGAGGCCAUACAGAAACUCACGCUGGAAUAUAGAGCUCCUCAAGUGAGCCAGCCCGAGGCGGACGAACGUGAAGAGUGGUACGACGCUGAGGAAAUAGAUACCCGCCGGUCCAAAGUCGAAGUUGUCGAGCAGCGUACGCUGCAGGUCUCGCAGGUUGUUACGGACGAUAAGGAGGGAGAAUUUUUGCCCGGCGAAUCUCCCAAGGAUAGACGGGCAUCGCUAAAGGUUUCACCAAUGGAGCCAACGUCAGUAACGGAAGCUGUGGCCAACGAAGGCGAGGUGCCGUUCGACUCCAAACCUGACAGCAGUACUACCGCUAAUGUGGAAAUUAUUCAGCAGGCGUCCGUUCUCACGGAGCAGGCGGACACCGCCGAAAAAGAAGAUCGCUUUGAACAACAUCAGGUCCCUGGAGAGGCUAUGGCAUCGGUUGAUACGAUAGCACCGUGGACACGUGCUCCUACCGUCGAUGAGAUAGAACAGUCAGAAACCACCGCUGACUACCACGUGGGCGAUGUGCAGGUCAAGAAACCUGGUGUGAUCAUUCUCGAGCAGGAUUCCGUCAUGAUCACUGAGUCUGUUGUCCAAGAAAAGGAAGAAGUAGCUAACGAUUUCCAAAAGCCAAAGGGCAAACAAGCGAUCAUUGACCUUUCACCCCAGGAAACCGUAUUGACAUCCGAAGUCUUGGCGGAUGAACGUGAAAAAACCUUCGAUUCAAAGCCGGACAUCGGAGUUCAAGCAACAGGCAGCAUGACUGGGCAGCCUGUGGCGCUGACUUCGGAAGCUCUCCUAUCAGAGGAAAGUGAGAUGAAGGAAGAUGUCACCUUGGAUACUUCGAUGGCGAACCAAACGACAGCAAUUGUACAUAUGCGCUCCGCUGUCUCUGAACAGCCAAUUGUUGGUGAAAGGGAAGAGGUUUUCAAAGCAUCAGAAGUGCAACAAGCUACGCCAACUGAACGUAUCCUGGGCCACGACACGGUUGAAGUAACUGAAGUAGCACCGGAGACCAAAGAGGUUGUCUUCCAGCCGGGAGAACUUCCUGACAAGAGGUUGGCAAGUGUUGUCCUCGAUGCCCAGGUGGCAGUCACUAGUGCCGAAGUAAAUACCACAGAAACUGAGGAGGGUUUCACGCCGACAAAAUCCCAGCAAGGCUCCGCAAAACCCCUCAUAGACGAGCAGCUCACUACAAUCGUUACUGAAACACAACCAGAAGAGACCAUGGAAGAAACUACAACAAUUUUACCGUCCGGUGAAACUGUGCAGGCGAAGAAGACAGUAACCACAAGAAGCGUGACAACAGUCUCAGAAGUUGCUCUUGACGAUGCUGUGGCAGACUACGAGGUGACUGCGAUGGCGGAAAAAACCGCCAAGACAUCAGUCGACCAACAACGAGGGGUGGAAGUGAGCCAAGUUCAGCCCACGGACAGCGAGCAAUUAUUGGACGAGUUUGUGUCUGACACAAAGAAAGCUCUUGUAGACUUUGAGGUUCAAAAAGCUCCCGUUACUGGUGAAACCUUACCGGAAGAGACGGAAGGGACGCAUACUUCGGAGGUAGUUGGCAGGGCUCAGGCAGAAAGUUCAUUCGUGGAGAAAAAGGCGGUAACUAUUAGGCAAACCAUGGCAGACGACAAAGAGAUACCAUUCCAAGCUACGACCCCGACCGCCGCCGCGCCGACAGAAACCAUGGCGCCCAUAGACCGUGAGGCUCCUGUCCUCUACCAGCAACAGCCCGAGGAGAAAGAGGAAGCAUUCUCUGAUAAGUUUGAGGGAGCCACAGUUAAACCAAAAGCUGUGAUAACUGAAAGAAAGACGGUUAUCACUUCAGACAAUGUAGUGGAUGAGAAGGAGGACACCUUGGGUAUAAUUACACCAAAAGACAGACAAGCCAAGCCUACAGUUGACGAGAUGCAGGGUGUUGUUGUCUCCGAGACAAAGCCAGAGGAUAAGGCAGAAAGUCUUGAUGACUUUAAAUUACGGAAGCAUGAAGCUGUGGUUGACUUUGAGCUGCAGCUAGCUACCGUGUCUGGUGUAACGACAGCCGACGAACAGGAGGACACUUUCACGUCAAAAACCUUUAAGACAGAGACGGCUGAUGGCACGAUUAUCACAGAAACCAGAACUGUUUCCGUUCGACAAACGGUACCGGGAGACACCGAAAAAGACUUCACCGUGCCUUUACCAACAGGCCAAACACCUUCAACGUCGAUGGUUCCAGAGGAUCGCCAGGCGGCGCUCGGAUUCGGCGUUCAGCCCGCCGAAAAGGAAGUUACGUUCACCGAGACAACAGAGGAGUUUACAGUUACUCCUAAAACAACCAUAACAGAGCGCUCCUCAGCGAUUAGCGCCAAACCAACAACGCAAGAGCGUGAAGAAUCCUUUGAGGUAGACAAACCAAAGGACAAAAAGGCGAGAGCAUCAUUAGAUGAAAUUCGAGGGUUGGAGGUCACGCAAGCUACGCCAACUGAAACGGAUGAGUCUCUGGACGAGUUCGUGCUCACGAAGAGAAAAGCCAGUGUAGGGUUUGAGAUUCAACAAGCACCCUUGCAUGCGGAGAUCAGACCAGAAGAAAUGGAAGACACUUAUCGUUCCAAAACCGCUAAAACAGAAACUGCUGAUGGCGUAAUGAUACUGCAACAAACCUUCACGGUCAGCCAAACAGUGCCCGAAGACAAAGAAGCGGAUUUCACAGUACGCGUGCCGAGGGAUGCAAAGCCGGAAGAAGACAUGGUACCGCAAGAUAAGCAGACAGCCGCAACGCUCUUCAUAACACCUGUUGAGAAGGAGGAUGAGUUCACAGAGACCACGGAAGAGUUCACGAUAAAGCCCAAGGCAGUGCAGCAAGAGAGGAAGACGGCGGCAAAGUCAGAUCAGUUCGUCGAGGAGCACACAACUGAGCUCCGUCCUUCGAAGCCAUUUGACGCCAGAGCAAGACGAUCAUCUGUUGAACAGCUUAUGACUGCGUCGGACACUUCGGUCCACGAAGAACAGUCUGUUGUAGUAGAGCAAGAAGUUGUGGAUGCCAAGGGUACGCGACGCAAGUCGCGUCAGGAGCAAAGACGAGAGUCGUUGGAGGAAAUCCGCCGUGGCUCCAUCACAGAGAUACGUCGAGGAUCUCUGGAUAUGACUAUUCAGGAGAUUCACGACGAAGACAUCAGCAUAUCGGAUGAGGUGACGAUCCAGCCGACGAUAACUGAAGAGGACGACUAUGUCACUACAAAGGGCGCCGAUAUGGACACUACAACGCGGGUAAUGACUGAGGAAAAGGGCGGCAAGCAGAGAAAGGUUAUCAUACAAACGUUUGCCAGCAAACCAACAGAAAGUACAAAUAUCGAAGAGAUUGAAACUGUCACAUAUACCAAGGAUGAAGAAACUGUUGAACACAAGAUUGACGUGGAGAUUGAGGAUGAAGAGUCUGAUGAAACUGUUACUGAGUUCACCGUUCAGAAGAGGGGUAAGAAGCCCUCUCAGGAGAAAACUGAAGAGGUAAAUGUUUCCCAGCGGCCUGUCGAGGAUGUAACCGACGAAGCAGUGGUGGCAAAAAAGAAAAAGCCGAAGAAGAAAGUUCAAAAGGAUGAAGUCACUACGGAGGAGGAAACAGCUACAGUUACCCUGAAGAAGCCGAAAAGACCAAAGGCUACUGAAACAACUGAUGACCAUUCUGAGGCAUCGUUUGUCAUCCAAACAAUCCCUCAGAAGGAGGACCUGAAAGUGACGGAGGUAGUAGACAUUACUACCACCGAAGCCUUCGAUUCCACUGACAUCAGCCUUGAAGUGUCCGAUGAAGUCGAACAACGGGAGCAGAAAACCGUGAAAACUAAACGACAAAAGAAACCCAAACCGUCUAAACCCACAGAGCCGUUGGAAGAUGCAGAUGAUGCGACGGAAUUUUGGGUGACGUGGGAUAAACAAGUCGCCCGGGCCACUGUUGAGCAGGAUCACUUACAAUGGGCAACAGCCACAGGAGAGGCGCCCGAAAUAUCCCAAGUUGAUGUCAGUGAUUCAAAGGCGUUGCCCGAGCCAAAGGACGCUGACGAGCAAAAGCCAAAGAUUAAGAAAAUACGCAAGCUAAAGAAAACUACCGAAGGCGAUGACAUUGUUGAUGAGGAAGCAAAAGAAUUCGUCACCAAAAUCCCUCGCGAUAAAGCUACGGUUAGGGAGGAGGAUGCCUCCAUCGAUAUUGCGACGAAAGAAUUCACUGAACAAAAUGUUCAAGAAGAAGCAGUCACAACUAUCGAAGAGACCACAGCCGAGUUUGUAGUAAAGAGGCCGAGUGAAUCUAAGGUGCAGACCUCUACGUCUGAUAGCCUCGCUGGCGAAGAGGAAGAAAAGCGCGUGAUCGUCCAUGACACCGUAACCGUUCCGCUGAAGAAAAAACGGAAACCACAGCGAAAGGAGGAAAGCGUUUCGGAGGAGUUCAGUAUCAGGAUUGACACCAAACCUAUGCAUGAUGUGGAGCAAGAAUAUAGCGUGGAGUUAGAGGAACAUCCCACAGAGGACACGGAGGAUAUAACAACAACGACCAUAGUAAAGAAGAAGCGCAAGAAAAAGCAGCCGUCCCCAGAUAUUGAGAUCCAGGAGAAGGAAGGCAAGGAAACAACAGACGACGCCGUAGAAUUCUGGGUAUCUUGGGAUUAUGCACACGCCGUUGAGCGAGUGCAUCAUGACGAGUUACAGUGGGCUAGAGUAUCAGGCGUAGAUUUCUCGGAGACGCCGGAGCAAACUUCUGGCCGACGAAAGAAAGUUCGGUUCAUUCAAAAGGGGUCAGAGGAGCCCAUAGAAGUCGUGGAGGAAAUUGUCGAAGAAAUCGGUGACGAUAAACUCCCUAUUGAUUACCAGGACGAUGCAAAGAUAAAGCCAACCAAAAAGGAUAAAGUGAAACCAAAGAUCCCGUCUAUUUCAGAAGUCCCAUCGGACGAUACUGGGGAGCAAGCAACGACAAAGAAGCCCAAGAAAGAGUCCGCCAGGCCAGGGGUUGUUACACAAGAGUCAGUGCUGAAUGAGGAAGUUGUGCUGGCAGAAUAUCCCGGCACCGAAGAUGACCAAAAGGUUCCCACGGAGCAGGCCGUGUCUCGUCUGGACUCAGUGGAUGACGCCAUUGCUAUCGUAGACCUCGGAGUUCCGGAAACUACAGGAACACUACCAGUGAAGAAACCAAAGAAAUCGACAGCAGACAAAACACAAGAAAUACAACAAUCCGUGUUGAUCGAGGAGCAUCAUAUUCACGAAACGUCCGAGGAACUGGAAGAACAUAAGGCCAGAAGUGAAAAGGUUAAGAUUCAGAAGUCUCCCGAAGACCGCUCCACAGCUGAAUUGUCUAAGCCGGAUGUAGGUUUCACAGAAGAACUUACCCCAGAAAAGCCGAAGAAGAAAAGACGACCGAAAAGUGACGAUGCAAAGACGGAAGAGGCAUUAACUGAAACAAUCGGUGAUGAUAAGCCAGAAAUUGAGGCUGUCGAAGGUGCGGCACCAGAGGACAAGAAAUCUUCAAAGACAAAGAAAGUGAGGCGUCCAAAAAUGCGGCCAAAAGAGGAUCUGCUACCUGAAGAUGUAGAGAAACCAGAGGACUUGAUUGAAGGGCUAACGAAAGACAUCACCGCACCUGAGGAAAAACCCAAGGAGCAGGCUCACAAGCCAUUAGUGAAACACACUGAGGGUACUGUUGUCAUGCAAGAAGAAGAGAUCGAUGUCAUUAUUCCACAAACCACAACCUCAGGAAUCGCCAGGCAGUUGGAUGAGGAAGACGCGAUGGCAGUCGCUUCAGAGGACCUCAGACCAAAAAUGGAAAAGGUAGAAGAAAUUAUCACAGUCGAAACAAAGCGUGUCAAAAAGCCAAAACCAAAGCGGCUACCUGAAGAUCGUGAAAGUGAUGAUCAAUUAGAGGACCUCGAUGAAAGUGUUGUAAUCUCUGUUCCAAGGCGAAAGAAAUUCGAGGUUACUGAUGAUUCUGAGGAAUCCGCCACCCUCAUCUUGCGUAAGCCUGAUACCGAGGAGGUUUCGGUGAUGCUGCCUAAGGCACCCAGCUCUGGACGCGAUGAUGUCGAAGUGGCCGAAGAAUUCACUAUUUCCCGUCCAGUUGGGGAGGUUGACGAGGCUAUGCCCGAAAAAGACGAGUACCAAACCGACGAAUCUCAAGUGCAGGAAACCGUUGUGACGGUAAAGAGAAAACCAAAGCAAGACAAACACCCCGAGCCAGUCGUACCUGAAUCGACAGAAGUGGAAGAACUGGAGGCUGAGGGGGGUGACGAGCUUAGGCCGAGGAAGCCUAAGAAGGCGAGAGGCAAAAAGUUGAAAGAUGAAAAAAGUGAGUUGGAGGUCACUGAAACUGUACCGCACGAAACAACCAGUGACUUGGAUACUCCAGACAUGAAACCAGCCAAAGUGCGUGAACAAAAGGUCGCAGAGGCAGAAGAACGCAUUACUGAGGUGACAACCAAGUUGAAAGAGCAUGUACCCGAGGACAAGGACCUUUUGGAACCAGAAGGACCAGACAAAACUCCCGAAGAGGUGCCCCAGCACGAAACCGUUCAGCUAAAACGCAAGCCAAAAGAUAAGAAGGAUCGAGAUCUGGAAGAAACCGUCGUCGACAUCAAACUGCCUGACUCUGACGAACGUCCAGAAGACGAGGACGAAGUGCAAUUGGUAACAGUGAAGACAACCAAGGAAAAGAAGAAACCGAGGGAUACUGAACAGACCGAAGAAGUAAUAACGUUGGAAAGACGUCCUCUCAUGCGGAAGACUGACGAUGAGGCAGCAUCUGUCACCGUUGACUCCCAGAUCACCGUACGACGUCGCUCCAUUGAAAAGGAAAGAGGCGACGAGGCCUUAGAAGAUCAAGAUGUUGUGCUUGAUUUCACCGUGGAAGACUUUUCCAGAAAGCCAGAAACCAUACAGCCUGUAACUGAAGAGAUCAGUGAGGUGACUCAGUCAGUGACGGUCGGUAAAAAGGACAAGAAACCAAAAAAGAAGCGUGAUUUUGGAAAAGGCGAUCUGCCGAAAGAAAAACCAGAAGAAACCACCCUCACACCGCACAAAGCAAAACCUACAGAUGAAGAAACUUCAAAACAGGACUUUAUCGUAAAACGAAAGCCUAAAACCGAUGAGGAGAUUUCUUCAGAAGAAAUUUCGGCGUCCAUAGAGAUGCCAGAAACCGAUGAGGGCCCCAAAGAUGACACCAAAGACGCUUCAGUGACGUGGCGAAAGCCAAAAGGUAAGAAAAAGAAGAAGCAGCCUGACGACACGGAAGACACCGAGGAGGUGAUAACUCUGCAACGAAAGCCCGUUAUACGACAAACAGAGGAGGAAAUAGAAUCCGUAACCGUCGACACUCAAGUCACAGUACGCCGCCAGUCCAUCGAAAAAUCGCGAGAACAAACUCUUGAAGGUCAAGACGUGGUGACUGAAUUUACUAAAGCACAGAUUUCCGAUAUUGCUGAUGUCCAUGACGUGAAAAGUCAAGAGGUUGAAGAGGUGACUGAGACCGUGUCAGUGGUUAAGAAGGAUAAACCUAAAAGAAGGAGAAAACAAGUGAGCGAUACAGAUGUUUCAAAACCAGGGUCACUGGAACAAAAAGACCAAAAGCCGGAGGAAGCAGAUGAGGAUGUGCCGCAAGAAGUUUUACUGAAACGUCUGAAAAAGAAACCGAUUGUCGACGAGGAGGUUGAUGAACAAAUCACACUAAAAAGAAAGAAACCAAAAGAAACUCUCACGGACAUCACCGAGCAGGCAACAAUCGCUACAAAAACAUUAAUCGUGAAGCACCCCGAUGAAGAUACGGAGGCGGAAGCGAUACUGCCGGAAGAUCAGGACGCUGAGUUCAUUUUACCGCGGAUUAAGAAGUCUAAGCGGCCCGAAGGUGAAGUUGAGGAUGAAUCCGCCGAAGCUGUCAUAGUAGUCAAGAAGAUUGUGGACGAGGAAAUUGUUCAGCAGGUCAUAGAAGAGACAACUGAUGUCGUGGAAGAAAAGUCGCAAAAAAGGAAGAAAAAGACUCGGAAGACGCGGCAGGAGGAUCACCCAGAGGACGACGUACUGCAGAGGCCACUCAGCCCUGAGGAAGCUGAAGACGUCGAACAGAAACGCCCUGAAGAUUCCGAAACAGACGCGACCGUGCCAAUUAAAAAGGUGAAAACAAAAAGGCACGUAACAGAGAGCGACGCUGACGUGACAAUCAAACAACAAAGGCCUUCCGAUGAUGAGAUAAGCCAGGAUAUCACUGUUCGAAAGCCGCUAGAUGAAGGGGAAGACGUGGAACAGGCUUUCGUUAUCAAGAGGCCAAAGAAAAAAGGAGUUCAAGUGCACGAUGUGGAGGAAGCCAUCACACUGAAGCAAAAGAAAUCAAAGCCCUCUGCCGGGCCUGACGAACAGGUAACAACAACGUCCGAAAUCACUGUGAAGCGCUUUGGCGACACGGUUGAGGAACAACUCGAAGAGCAUGACGUUGAAUUCGAAUAUAGGCCCAAGGAAACAGACAGCGACGUCGAGCAGCAGCCCGACGAAGCCACUGAGGCUAGAAUCCGGAUCAAGAAGCCCGGGUCUGUGGAAAAGCCGCAUAAGCCCAAGAAGCAUAUUCCUUUCGCCUCGAUGGACGACGACGUCGAGGUGCGCAUCCAGCUUAGCAAGGACGCCACCGAGGCACCCGAGGCCAUUGAGACAGUCUACUUCCACGACCAGCCGUCUGUGGCCGACGACCUCAGCGAGGACUUUGAGGUGGCGCUGCCGCGCCGCCGUAAGCCCGAAUAUAAGGUCGAGGACGUCGAGUCCGAGGUCGACAUCAAGGUGGCGCGGCGGAAGCGUGACUCGCGCGAGACGCAAGAGGGCAGCCACACGGUCCGCGAGUCGUUCCGCAUGAUGCUGCGCCAGGACACGCUGGGCGCGGCGCCCGCCUCCCCCGGCUCCGUGCGCGAGGAGUUUGAUUUCAGGCCGACGCCCAUGCCGGAGAGCGUAGCGCCGGUAUGGAGCGAGGAUGCGGAGGAUGCUUCGCUGAAGCUGCAACUGCGACCCAAACGGCCAGUGGCCGAGGAGACGGCCCCGCUGGACGUGGCCGAGGGAGACGUGUUCUACGCAGUCUCCACCUACGUGGCUGAGUCCGAGGAGACCAUGCAUCUGGUGGAGGGAGAGCGGGUGUAUGUGCUAGAGUGCCACAACAGCGAGUGGUGGUUCGUCCGCAAACACCUGACCGAGGAGGCCGGUUGGGUGCCCGCCUCCUACCUAAAGAACGAGGACGAGUACAACGCCUACGUGCAGCGCAAGCUCAGCGACAAGAUCGGCAAACUGCCCGUGUUCGAAGCGCCCAAAACGGGCCAGAAGCAGAGGGCGCCGCGCUUCACGGAGAAGCUGCACGCCGUGCACGUGGUGGACGGCUCGCUGGUGCAGCUGGAGUGUCGCGUUGAGGGCGAGCCGCGCCCCACGAUUACCUGGUUCCGUCAGACGGCCAUCAUCAAGCCGUCGCCCGACUUCCAGAUGUUCUACGACGACGACAACGUGGCGACGCUCAUUAUCAAGGAGGUGUUCCCGGAGGACGCCGGCACGUUCACGUGCGUGGCUAAGAACCAGGCGGGCUUCAGCAGCUGCUCGGCCGAGCUGGUGGUGGAGGCGCCGCUCUCUGACCACGGCUCGGAUGUGGUCUGCACCAGCCGCAGGAGCCUCAGCAGGGAGUCCUCCCUCUGCGACAUCCUCGAGGGCAUCCCUCCGACCUUCAGCCAGCGGCCCAAGACGCGCACCGUGCAGGAGGGCGACGACGUGGAGCUGGAGUGCCGCCUGGUGGCCGUGCCCGAGCCCGAGGCGCAGUGGCUGCUCAACGGUCGCCCUAUCAAGGGGUCCAAGCGCGUCACCGUCACUGCGCAGAGCGACAUGCACAUGUACUGCCACUUCGUGCGCAUCAAGGGCGUGCGCCGUAAGGACGAGGGCCUGUACGAGAUCGUCGCCAUCAACCGCGAGGGCGAGGCGACCAACACCAUCUCGCUGAUGGUGGAGGAGCGCGGCGAGAAGCAGCCGCCCGAGCUCGUGCAGCCGCUGCAGCCGCUCGUCGUCUCCGAGAACAGCCGCGCCACGUUCGUGGCGCGCGUCAGCGGUAAGCCGCAGCCGCGCGCCACCUGGUUCACCGGCAAGCAUCCGCUGACGGCCGAGAUGCUGGCCAACAGCGACGUCACGGUGACGCAGGAGGGCGACGUGUACUCGCUCAACAUCCCGCGCUCGCACCGCAGCGACGCUGGCGAGUACACGCUGCUGGCCGAGAACGCCGCGGGCACCGCCAAGACCACCGCCACGCUUGUGGUGCAAGAGUCCCAGCUGGAGCCGCCCAUGUUCAUCGAACGGUUCACGGACGUGCGGGUGCCGGAGAAGACACCCAUCCGACUGACCGCCAAGGUCGUCGGCAAUCCGCGACCCGAGGUUACUUGGUACAGAAACGGCAAGAAGCUGAAGACCGGCAAGACCACGUCGGUGACGCAUGUGGGCGAGGAGACCACGCUCGAGGUGCACGAGUGCCGCGUCGAGAAGGACGCCGGCGAGUACAAGUGCGUGGCCGUCAACGCCAACGGCAAGGCCACGCACCAGGCGCAGGUGGACAUCGAUGCAGACGUCGUGAGGUUUGUCAAAGACUUGGAAGACUUUGACAUUGAAGAGCGGUCUACCGUCGCCCUGGAGUGUCAGACCUCUCAGGAGGUCACUGUGACCUGGAAGAAGGACUCUCAGGUCAUUCAGGAGUCCAAGAGGCACGAGAUCACUCGUGUGGGGAAAACCCACCGGCUGAUCGUGCACGAUGUGGUUAUGUCGGACGCCGGCCAGUACUCCUGCACCACAGACGGCGCCGAGACCUACUGCAAAGUCACCGUUAAAGAGGGCGGCGCGUUCUUCGUGGAGAAGCUGACGGACGUGGAGGUGAAGGAGCAGGAGACGGCGGCGCUCAGCGUGACUGUCAGCUCGCCGGCCGCGCGCGUCGUCUGGCACAAGGACGGCGCCGCCAUCAGCGAGGACAACACCCAGUACGAGUUUAUCAGCGACGGCGUGUCGCGGCGCCUGGUGCUGCGCUCUGCCAGCGUGCACGAGGAGGGCGAGUACACGUGCUCGCUGGAUGACCAGGAGUGCACAUGCGAGGUGACUGUGGUCGAGCUGCCGCCCGUGCUCACCAAGAAGAUGAGUGACACGACCGUCACGCGCGGCGAGAGGGCCAUCUUCGAGGUGGCGCUCACCAAGGGUGACGCGCUGGUCCAGUGGUUCCGCGACGACAAGGAGAUCAAGUUCUCGGAGCACAUCCAGCUGGGCAUCGACGGCAAGCGCCAGCGGCUGAUGGUGUACCAGACGACCUCCGACGACGCCGGCACGUACUCCUGCAGGAUCGGCGGCCAGACCUCCUCCGCCAAGCUCAGCGUCGAAGAACCGACGGUGGACUUCGUGGCGCGCCUGCCGGACAAGGUGGAGGCGCCCAAGGACACGACCGCCUCGUUCACGGUCGAGCUGAGCGACGAGUCGGUGCCGGUCACGUGGCUGCGCAACGGAGAGCCGCUGACCGAGUCGGACUCGUGCACGAUCCUGGUGGAUGGGCCGCGGAGGACGCUGCUGCUGAAGGAGGUGCAGUCCGGCGACGACCGUGCCGAGAUCAUUUGCGCCGCCGGCAACGUCAAGUGCACCAGCAAGCUGCGCGUUACCGUGGUCCAAAUGCAGCCAAAGGUCCGCGAGGACCUACUGCAGACCGAGUACCUGGUGCGGCGUGGUGAAGACGUCAAGAUUACCGUGCCGUUCAGGGCCGCGCCGCCGCCGAAGGCCGAGUGGCACCACAACAGGAAGACCAUCAAGAAGUCGAGAAAGCACCUGCCCACAAUCACUGAGUCGGAAGCGACCAUCACGGUGAAACAGGUGGAGGACGCCGACUGUGGCACAUACACACUCAAGCUGGGCAAUGACGUCGGAGACAUCUUCGUCAACAUCUCACUCAAGAUCAUGGAGACGCCGUCCAGGCCGGGUCGGCCGGAGCCGGUGCAGGUGACGGACACCUCGGUGACGCUGCACUGGACGCCACCCGAGACCGACGGCUGCUCGCCCAUCACCAACUACGCCAUCGAGUACCAGCUCAAGCUGCAGAAAACGUGGACCAAGUACGAGGAGACCCGGGUCGUCAAGGAGACGACCCGCAUCGUGACGUCACUGACGCAGAACACCGAGUACCGGUUCCGGGUGUACGCGCUGAACGAGAUCGGAGCCAGCGAACCCUCGGAAGAGUCGGACUUCAUCAAAGUCACACAGCCCGUGUCCCCGGAGCGGCCCUGCGUGGUGGAGGACCUCAAGGACAUGGUGGCUGGCCUUAACGAGCGUCUCACGCUGCGCUGCGUCAUCACGGCCGUACCGCAGCCGGAGAUCAGAUGGACCCGCAACGGGAAGCCGAUCAAGACACGCAAGGCCAGCUACGAACAGCACGUGGCCACGCUCACCAUCGAGGACACGGUGGAGAAGUCAGCCGGCACCUACACCUGCCACGCCACCAACUCCGCUGGAGAGGUGGAGACCAGCUGCAUGGUCAAGAUUCAAGAGCCGCCCGCUCUGGACUACGACAAGUCGCUGAAGGAGCAGCGUCUAGAGGUCAACGCCAAGUGGACGCUGACCGUGAAGGCGACAGGCAUUCCCAAACCCUCCCUGCAAUGGUACAAAGGCGACGAGCCGGUCUCGCCGUCCUCCCGGCUGGACGUGCGCACCGACGGCGCCUCUACGCAGGUGUCGGUGUCGCAGCUGACCCGCGAGGACACCGGCACGUACCGCCUCGUGGCCACCAACGACGUCCGCAGCGUCACCGAGGAGUUCACACUGCGCGUGCUUGACUACAGCAGACGCUCAAUGAGCAGAACGCGCUCCAGUAGUCCAGAGAUGAUCGACAAGCCGAGCCGGCCGGAGGGGCCCCUCAGCGUGCGCGUGGGGGAGAAAGAGUCAGUGACGCUGGACUGGAAGCCGCCUUCCGACGACGGCGGCGUCGACGUGGCCGGCUACUUCAUCGAGAAAUUCGACACCAAGAAGCAAACCUGGAUGAAGGUGGCAGACAUCGUGGGGGACAUCCUCACCUACUGCGUGCAAGACCUGCUGGAGGGACACGAAUACUUCUUCAGGGUGUACGCCUUUAACGUCCUGGGAAGCUCGGAGCCCCUUGAAACUCAAGAACCCGUCUUGGUUAUGAAGCCGUUCGACCUGCCGUCGGCGCCGCUGGGUCCGUUCGAGGUGAACGCCAUGGGCGACACGUCGCUGACGCUCAGCUGGCAGGAGCCGGAGACGGACGGCGGCGCCGCCAUCGUCGAGUACCUCGUCGAGCGGCGCAAUGUCGGCAAGAAGGCCUGGCAGAAGGUCGGCACCACGGACAGCGAAACGCUGAAGAUCGACGUCACGGGCCUGAAGAAGAACAUGCAGUAUAACUUCCGCGUGACGGCCCGUAACGCCGUGGGCGCAGGCCCGCCGCUGGCGCCCGAGGACGCCAUCACAGUUGGCAAGCGGCUCACGCCGCCAUCGCCGCCGACACAACUGACCGUUAGUGACGUCACAAGUCGCAGCGUGACCCUGCAAUGGGCUCCACCCACCAACAUGGGAGGCGCCAAUCUCACAGGCUACAUCAUUGAGCGCCAGGCGGCUGGUGCCUCGCACUGGGAGAAGGUGGUCACGCUGGACAGUUCGGUGACGCUCUACUCCAUCUCCUACCUGAAGGAGAAGUCCUCCUUCUUCUUCCGCGUGUCGGCCGAGAACCCCAUCGGAGCCGGCGAACCGGCCGACACAGACCUGGUGUCGCUCAAAACGCACGCCACGCCUCCGUCGCCGCCAACGGCACCGCUGGAGAUGAGGUCGACGGGACCCAACUCGCUGCUGGUGGAAUGGGGCAUACCGGAGUCCGAUGGAGGCGCGCCGCUGGAGGGCUACCACGUGGCCAUCCGGGACGCGCGUCGCACCAUGUGGAUUCAGGUCGGCAUGGUGGGCGCCGACGUGACCCGGCUGCAGAUCAAGGAGCUGCACGAGGGCCACGAAUAUUAUGUGCGGAUCUUUGCCAAGAACGAAGUGGGGACGAGUGAUCCCCUGGAAAGUGAGGACGCCGUGAGAGUGGUGCGGCCGGCAGACUACCUGGAGGCGGAGACGGUGGAGGGCGCCGAGUUGGACCGCACGCCGUCCCUCAGCGUCACCACCGAGACGUCCUCCUGGAUGCGCGAGGCCGGCAUGGACGCCGACAUCCACUCCUACAGUCGGCUGGCGCUGCUCCGCCGCGAUGAGUACUUCUUCCGCAUCUGGUACUACUCGCAGGAGCUCUUCAAGUGAGCGCGCACGCGCCUGUUUGACCCGCUGCCGCGUUGUUGAAUCAGAUCGCGCCGCGCCGCGUUUGUACCUUGCGUGAGUAGCGCCGGCGGUGGGGGCGGCGCCAGGGUAGCCGCGCGCCGCCCCGCCGUCUUCGUCGCCUCGUGCGAUUCGUCCUGGCCGCCGGCCGCCCGCCAGCAUUUGCAUUACCCGGUGUGAUAUUGUAGCCAGGGAUCUGCGGUGUACAUAAUCAUUAUGGGGGAUCCGAUACGACGGAAGGCGCCUCGAGACCGAGGACGGCCGCUGUGCAGUGCGAGGACGCGAGCUCGCGCGCCCCGGCUCCGCCCGGCAGGGCGGUCGGCCGCCUCAGGCUGACCCCCUCUCCAUCUGCGGCCGGCCGCCCGACCGGGCGGAGUGGAACGCACGCGGCGACUUGACCUGACCCCGGCCGGUCGGCCCCUGCUGACCCGAUGACACCUGGCGGACCGGCCGGGGCGGGGCUCCGCGGCGCGCGGGGUGCGCGCGGCAUUAUGAGGGCGAGACGUUUGGGAGCCCGCUGGUCGCGGGCCGAACGUCAACGAGUUGUGUUACUUGUUAUGGGGCGAGGUGUUGGAAUAUAGUAGUAUCGGAUGUG